GGGAGGAGGGGCUGGGGCAGCGGCGGCUGUACCGCGCCCGCACCGCCACUGCCACCACCAUCUCCAGCAGCGGCAGUAGCAGCAAGAGGAGCGCCGUGAUGGGGUAGCGGCGGCGAUGGCGGAGCCGGCGGAGCUGCAGCAAGAGUCCGUGGUGCUGUUUCUGGCGGCGCGGGGCGGGCGGGCGCGCAACGCCGAGCUGCUGGAGCAUUUCCGGGACUGGCUGAACCCCGCGGAUCCCUCCCGCCGCGCCGCCGCCCGGCAUCGCUUCAAGGAGCUGGUCAACGCAGUGGCCACCGUGCGCCAGGAGCCCGGCACCGGCGUCAAGUACGUGCACCUCCGCCGCCGGUACUGCGCUCCCGAGCCCCCUGCCGCCGCCCCCCUGACCCCCGGGGAGCAGGAGCCGGCGGCGGAGAACAGCGCGAAGCAGCCGAGCCCUCCGCCCUCCCCACGGGCAGACGCUGAGGAGACGCCGCCGGCAACAGGCGAGGAUGCCGGCAGCCGCCCGCAGCCCCCGGGGCAGCGGGGCGAACCGCCCCGGCCGAGCCCGGCGGUGGCUGGAGGCCAGCGGAGGGGCUCCCGGCGGGGGCCACCUCCCGGGCGCGGCGAAGGCGGCGGCGGCGGCGAGGAGACCGCGAUAGCGACGGGCCCGGGGCGGCCCCCGGCGACGGACGAGGCGGGGGCGGCGGAGGGAGCGCCCGGGGCGGCGGCGCAGGGCGGCGGCCGGCGGAGCCUGCGGGAGGCGGCGCGGGGCAGCUCCCCUCAACUGAAGCGCGGCGCCCUCCCCAGCGGGGGCCGCGGCCGCGACUCGGACAGCGCCUCGGUGGCCUCGUCCUCCGCCGAGGAGGAGGGGAGCACCACCGGCUCCGUGGCACUGGACCCCCUGGAGCACGCCUGGAUGCUGUCGGCCUCGGACGGGCGGUGGGAGAGCCUGGAGGGGCUGCUGAGCUGCGAGCCGGCGCUGCUCUGCAAGCGGGACUUUAUCACCGGCUUCACAGUGCUGCACUGGGCCGCCAAGCACGGGCGGCAGGAGCUGCUGGCCACGCUGGUCAACUUCGCCCAGCGGCACGGGCUGCCCGUGGACAUCAACGCCCGCACGAGCGGCGGGCACACGGCGCUGCACAUCGCCGCCAUGCACGGCCACGCCGAGGUCGUGAAGCUGCUGGUGGGAGCCUACGACGCCGACGUGGACAUCCGCGACUACAGCGGGCGCAAGGCCGCGCAAUACCUGCAGCAGGGCACCUCGGGGGACAUGCGGAACCUCGUGGGGGCCCUGGAGGAGGAGGAGGAGGAGGAAGGGAAUGCUGGCAAUGGGAGCGGGCGCUGGAGGCUCUCCAAGGUGUUGCCAACUAAUCUCAUGAACUACCGGCUCUCCCACCACCAUCACGGCACUGGGGAGGAAGCUGAAGGUACCGAUGGGGCAGCGGUGCCGGGCAAAGGCAAGGAGAUGUCCAGGAAAGCCUCUGGCAGCGGACGGAUGAAGCCUCGGCUUAAUAAGAUCCGCUUCAGGACUCAGAUCAUCCACAACACGCCCUCCUUUCGUGGUGACGCUGAGGAGGAAGAGCAUGAGGAGAAAUCCCUGAAAUCAUCAUUCAAGCUCAGGCCGAAGUCCAAUGUGUUUGGAUAAGGCCAGGCAGCAGGAGGUCUGGGAGGUGGAUGCACGGACCAGAGUGCCCUCAGGUGUAGCACAGAAGGUGAGGCAGGAUAAAUAGGUUUUUAGACUUCUGUAGGAAGGAAGUUUUCUGACUGAACACUUAAAAUGUGAGUAUUCUUCAGUGUGGGCACAUCUGAAUUGAGCACAUAUUCCAUGCAACUACUGAUGUCCAAACUUUAUUAAAGUUGUUUUCUGCUUUGAGAGUUUAUAGUUCUUUCAUACAGGCUGUUGGGUGAAGUGUUUCUUUCUUCACAUGCAAGUAGCAAAGAAUUGCACAAAAAUACCAAGUCUUCAACAGCUAUUAGGUUCUAGGGAAAUAACUUUAGGGUUUUAAAUAGAGCAUAUCUUGGAUUUUAAGAGAUGAACUGGAAUAUAAUGUUACAUAAUACAGUAGAACUUUGCAAAUUAUUAAGGGAACAUGAAAAAUUAUGAAAAGAUGCCUCAUUUACAUCAUUAUUUGAAGUAUCAACGUGAAAUUGCUGGUCCACUGAUACUGUUUAGCUGUCAGUUCAUGAAAUUUCACCAUAACGGUCCAAAGGUCUUUGCAACAGAGCAAAUAUCUCUUCUGGUGUUUGAGAUAUACAAAAGAAUGGCUGGAUAACCACUCGUGUCUCUCUGCGCUAUGGGAAUAAAGCACUUUGAUUUCACAUUAUGACUUGUCACAUUCCACAUGGUUACUUUUUAUAAUAUGACCUAAAACUUAAUGUUUGGUUUUUUUUUGAAGUAAGAAAGAUUUGAUGCCCUAUUUCAGUAUAUUUGCAGUCUAAAGGUAUGCUUGAGUCAAAUAUUUUGGAUACAUUGCCUAGAAAGAUGUGACUGAAAUAAAGUUGUAUGGUACAGAAAACUGGAGCACUUACUGGUAUCUUUUCAGUGGUAUGCCUGAAGUUACUGAAUGUGUUUGUUCACUUUUUGUGAUGGUGUGUAAGGCAGCAAGACUGUAAUGUAACAUGUGGUAUCUUUUUUUUGUACUUUAUGUUUGAAAAAUUUAAGAGGCCUGGAAGCCUGUUGGGUUUUAUUAAUACACUUUUUGUGGUUGUCUCUCUAAAUGGUUAUGAGUUGAGAAUCUGUAAGCUUUAGUUUUUCAAAAUAAAAAGAGCCCAUGAAUGCUC